AUGAAUCACGAAAGCCACCGUCGGGAGCUACUCCAUUUGCCUGAUCAUGAAAGCCAUCGUCGCUUCAGAUCUAAAAUUGUCGUUGCUUGGGGCUUGGAACCACCAUAUGAGGUUUCAGAUCGAGCUCUAUUGGAUGUUGAUUAUAAGUUUCAAGAAGUGUUGGCAGUGAUAUGUGGUGGUGUAGGCGUUGAGAAAGAAGAUAUGGAAGAAAGAGGAACCAUUCACAACCUCAGAAGCAAUCGAGCUGUGCUCGAGAAAACCAUGGGAAGUGAAGGUGCUGAUCUGUUUGUGAAGCGAAAACCAAGGAUCCUUUGCCUCCAUGGAUUCCGAACAAGCGGAGAAAUCUUCAAAACUCAACUGAAGAAAUGGCCGGAAUCGGUUCAUGAAAAGGUCCAGUUCUUCUUCCCUGAUGCGCCGUUUCCAUGUAAUGGUAAAUCUGAGGUCGAAGGGAUUUUUGACCCGCCUUAUUACGAAUGGUUCCAAUUCAAUAAGGAUUUUACGGAGUAUGAGAAUUUCGAUAAGUGUCUUGAACAUAUCGAAGAUUUAAUGAUUAAGCAUGAGAUCGAUGGUUUGAUGGGAUUCUCGCAGGGUGCAAUUUUGUCAGCUGCCUUGCCAGGACUGCAAGCUAAGGCAUGGGCAAAAUUGAAAAAUCAAACAUGGGCUGACAAGGCAUAUUCGAUCCCCAUACAAUGUCCUUCUCUCCAUUUUUUAGGGGAAGCGGAUUUUUUAAAACCAUAUGGACUUGAACUUUUAAAAUCAGUUGAAGAUCCCAUAGUGAUUCAUCAUCCUAAAGGCCAUACCAUUCCAAGAUUCGAUGAAGAAGGGUUGGAGAAAAUGUUGAAAUUUAUUGAUAGAGUUGAAAAGAUUGUUUCUAACAAGGAAGAUGAUGUAGUCACACCUUCGGAUGAAGAAUCAACAAUUGCUGCAUAAAUUUGUGAUGAUAAUGGUAUGGUUGUCACUAAUAUAUAACUUGUGAAACCAUAUGAUAUGAUAUGAUGCUUAUUUAUUAUAUAACGAUAGAUUUGAAUAAUUAUUUAUUGAAAAUUCUAUAGCAAACAUCAGCAUACGAGUUGUAAAAAUGUUGGAUGUUAUUCUAUAUAUAUGUAACCGAGUAUAGUUGUCCCCCUAGAAUAUGACAUAAUAUACUGUUAAAACUAAUAAAUACCGUGACAUUUGCCUUUAGUAUGUAAAGAUAAAAUGGUUAUUUAGUCAUAUUCAAACUUCUUUUUCCUCGCAAUUCCUUGGUGUAAAGUAAUAUUUGUAAACAUUUUACAACUUUGGGA